CGGUGGCCGCCGCCAUCCUUGUGCGGGGCAGCGCUUCCGCCGGCGGCGCGGCGGGGACUCCGCAGUGGGUCGGCUGGCGAUGGAGUGGUGGGCGAGCUCGCCGCUUCGGCUCUGGCUGCUGUUGCUACUCCUGCCGCCAGUGCAGGGCCGCCGGAAGGAGUCAGGUUCAAAAUGGAAAGUAUUUAUUGACCAAAUUAACAGGUCUUUGGAGAAUUAUGAACCAUGUUCAAGUCAAAACUGCAGCUGCUACCAUGGUGUCAUAGAAGAGGAUCUGACGCCUUUCCGAGGAGGUAUCUCCAGGAAGAUGAUGGCAGAGGUAGUUAGACGGAAGCUAGGGACCCACUAUCAGAUCAUUAAGAACAAAUUAUACAGAGAAAAUGACUGCAUGUUCCCCUCCAGGUGUAGUGGUGUUGAGCACUUUAUUUUGGAAGUUAUUGGGCGCCUCCCUGACAUGGAAAUGGUGAUCAAUGUACGAGAUUAUCCUCAGGUUCCCAAAUGGAUGGAGCCUGCCAUCCCAGUCUUCUCCUUCAGUAAGACAUCAGAGUACCAUGAUAUCAUGUAUCCUGCUUGGACAUUUUGGGAAGGGGGCCCCGCUGUUUGGCCAAUUUAUCCUACAGGUCUUGGACGGUGGGACCUCUUCAGAGAAGAUCUGGUAAGGUCAGCAGCACAGUGGCCAUGGAAAAUGAAAAAUUCUACAGCAUAUUUCCGAGGAUCAAGGACAAGUCCAGAACGAGAUCCUCUCAUUCUUCUAUCUCGGAAAAAUCCAAAACUUGUCGAUGCAGAAUACACCAAAAACCAGGCCUGGAAGUCUAUGAAAGAUACCUUGGGAAAGCCAGCUGCUAAGGAUGUCCAUCUCGUGGAUCACUGCAAAUACAAGUAUCUGUUCAAUUUUCGGGGUGUAGCUGCAAGUUUCCGAUUCAAACACCUCUUCCUGUGUGGUUCGCUUGUUUUCCAUGUUGGUGACGAGUGGCUAGAAUUCUUCUAUCCACAACUGAAGCCAUGGGUUCACUAUAUCCCAGUCAAAACGGAUCUCUCCAAUGUCCAAGAGCUGUUGCAAUUUGUAAAAGCAAAUGAUGAUGUAGCUCAAGAAAUUGCUGAAAGGGGAAGCCAGUUUAUUAUGAACCACCUGCAGAUGGAUGACAUCACCUGUUACUGGGACAGCCUCUUAACUGAAUACUCCAAGUUCCUGUCCUAUAAUGUAACAAGAAGGAAAGGCUAUGAUCAGAUUAUUCCCAAAAUUUUGAAAACUGAACUCUAGUAGUCAUUAUAGGACCAUAGUUCUCUCUGUGGCAGCAGAUCUCAGAUAUCCUGUGAUAAGAAGCUUACCAUGAGCAUGGCACCUAAACCUUGAAUACCUUUAUGGAGCCAAAUAUCUGGUUUUCUUUAUCGUGCUGCACCCAGAAAAACUCUUGAGAAAGAUCCAAAAUGUGUAUAACACACAGAUAUGAAGCCACUCAACUCUGGCUGAAUAAGGACCAGGUAUCAUGAGAUGUGAAUUUUGGACCCAGUUCUACCUUUCAUUUUUUUAGGACCAAUCACAGCCUGUGCCUCAGAUCAUCUGCCCUGUAUGUCCAUCACUGUGAAAUUGACUUGUGUCCAUGUGAUGAUACCUUUCGUCCCAGUAUUUGGAGCAGAAAAUUCAUCACUUGGAACUAGUACAACUCAUUGCUGCAGCUCUGAAGUUAUUCUAGGCUUGAACUCUGUUGCUUUAUUUUACUGUAGGAGACCCUAUGGGAUUUGUGAAAAAUACUUGGGGAUCAUUUUGUGAAAGGUCUAAGGAAGCAGUAGUUGUGCCACACAAUGAUAUAGGAGUUCUUUUGUAAAAGCAUAAACUGUUCUUACUGAGGAGGUUUCUGUAAUGCUACAUAGAAAGGAACCAAUUCCAUGAGUAAUUAUUGCAGCUGGAUUUCAAGUUCCCUUUUUGUGCCUUCAUGCCCUUUUUAUUGUAUCUCUAAAGGAAAAAAAGGACAAAGACUUCUUAAUAAACUUAGGAAGUGGUCCUUACUCUUUAAAGGAACAGUACAUAAAAUGGCAACCCUUCCUUACCCUUUGCACACCCUUAACAUUGUUCUUUUUUAAAUUGGCCAUAGCUGGGUUUGUCCACACUCUGAAUGUCUUGCAGGGACUACAGGGAGUCUUCAUAUGUGAACAUGGCAUUCAGUUGGUAGCUUAGAGCAAUCAGCUUCAACACUUACUUAUGUAGGAUGUAUUUGUUUUUGUGCAGAUCCAUGUUGGAGUGGCUCCUUUGUCCUUUUUCCCUUUUUGAAAAAGACAUUUGGGUAGCAUUUAAUCACUCAGGGUACUCUCCCUAACAUAGUCAAAAUGAAGAAAAAUGUUUAUAUUAAAACUCUGUAGUCUGAUGGACUUAGAACCAUCCUUGACCCUUAUGCCCAACAUUUCCACAAAGAAAUCAGCUCUUUUCCUUUACCUUUUAAGAACUGUUCAGUAGUAACUGGUUUUAAAAUUAGUAAAUGUGAGAUUCAGUCACAUAAAAUCAGAGAUUUUAUUCCAUUUGUCACAAAUGUAUUUGGCCUUUAUGACUCUGUUUCACAAAAUUUUAAGUCUAAGGACUUAGAAAAGUUGAACAUCCCUUGUAAGGAAUAAGGCAGAUGUUUAAAGUGGGAUAUUUUUUUUUUCUUUUGGAGUACUAACAAAUCACAGGGACUGUGUCCUUAGGUGCUAUAAGUCUAGCCAUCCAGAUUUUGAGUUGUACUAUAGUUUUGCCUUGUCACUAUGAGGCCCUACAAGGUGUAAUCAUUCUCUGUAUUUUAAUUUUCCUCUCACCAAAAUAGGAACAAAAUUUGUUCUCCUUUGGAUUGGCAGCUGAAGCUUCAUUUCUCUGGGAAUGUUUCCCAUUUAGCUUCGAGUUACAGCUCAAAUAUCACCUUCUCUCUGAAUCCUUUCUUUCAUUUCUCUAGACAGUUAUGGGUUACCAUAGUACUUUGCUCAGAACUGUAUUAUAUGACCUCACAUUGCACUGUAGUUACUUGACUCUUUCUCCUACUGUUCUGUGAGCUUAUUGAUGGGUGGGGAUCAUGUUUUGCUCAUCUUGAUGUCUCCAUUAUCCAGCACAGUACCUCACACAGAGUAUAUACUAAAGAACUGGUGGUUGGGUGGAUGGAUGGAUGGACACAGUUGGUUUAACUAGAUCCUAUUUACAGUUUUCCCAGCCACUCACUCCAAGGCGGAUUGGAUAAGACCUUAAGGAUUGGAUCAAUGCAAAUCCUCACCUGCCCUUUGAAGAGUCAAUAAAGGUGUCUUUGUCUUUAAAUACA